UUCUCUGGCCAUCGAGGCGCCCUAAAUCCUCCAGACACACCGAUUCAGAGUUUCAGUUCUUCUUAAAUCCUGAGAAUUUUCCGUUGCCGUCGCUAUUUUCUGGUCGGAAAAGCCUUUGAAAUCCGGUAUUUAGUUUAUAAUGUCGGCAAUAAUCAUCUGUUCAUUUUAAACCCUAAUACCACUGUUCCCAGCUGUCGUCUGUGUACCUAUAAUCUUCGCGGUUGUUUCUCAGUGACAAGCUCGCAAGUAGACAUUUGUUCAUUUUAUACAUUUAUCACUACAUUGUGUGUCAAUAAUGGGACGCGGUUUGUCGAACCGUUCAGAGUCACCAACUAGGCAUCAUCGAUCACCUCGUAAAAGGAGCCCUUCUGGAAGAGAAAAGUCACCUUCUCAUAGAAGAAGGUCUCCUGUUGAACAACCCAAAUUGAGGUCUUCAGUGUCCAGAUCACCAUCACCUCGGACAAAAAGGUUGAGAAGGGCUCGGGUUGAUGGAGAGUCUGAGAGAGUUAGUGAGAAGGAUGAAAAGAGGAGUCAUAGAACGCGAAGUGACCGUGACCGUGACAUACAUAAGGAAAAGAAUUUUGUUAAGGAAAUAGCUGAUGAUGGUAGGAAGGAAAGAGGAUCGAGAAAAGAUGCCGUUGGAAAUGGGUCUGUAAGAACAAGGAAUGGGAGAUCAAAAUCUCCUGUACAUCACAGGUCUAAAAAUGAAUCUCAAUCACCCCCUUCAACAUCUGCGAAACGUGAGGGAAUUCCAGAUAGCAGGAAGAAAGAAAGAUCGGGAAGGGAUGCCUCUGGCAGUGGAUCUUAUAGGUCAACAAACAGGAGAUCAACUUCACCAUCUGCACAUCACAAUCGAUCUAGGCAUGAAUCUCGAUCAUCUCCUUCAGCUGCUGAUAAUCACGAGGUGAGAAGCUCAAGAGGAGAUGAACAUAGGAAUGAGGAUGAUGAUCCACUUGAAAAAAUGAAUGCUACUCAAGAGGCCUUGGAAACAAAGGAAAAGCAAAAACCUUCAUUUGAGCUAUCAGGAAAGCUUGCAGAUGAGACUAAUCGGGUCAAAGGUGUGACACUGCUUUUUAAUGAACCUCCAGAUGCUAGAAAACCAGAUAUAAGGUGGCGGUUGUAUGUUUUCAAGGGUGGUGAAGCUCUUAAUGAUCCUCUGUAUGUCCAUCGACAAACCUGUUACCUCUUUGGGCGAGAAAGGAGAGUAGCUGACAUUCCAACAGACCAUCCUUCCUGUAGCAAACAACAUGCUGUGCUUCAGUAUCGGCUGGUGGAGAAGGAACAGCCAGAUGGGAUGUUAAAAAAGAAAGUAACGCCUUACAUAAUGGAUCUGGGAAGUACAAAUGGAACUUUCAUCAAUGAGACUCAGAUUGAAGCUCAAAGAUAUUAUGAACUUCAUGAACAAGACACUCUUAAGUUUGGUAAUAGCAGCCGAGAAUAUGUGCUACUGCACGAGAAUUCUUCCAAUUGAGGUCUGAUUGCAAGCAAAGUGAUGUUCUAUUUUAAGGCGCUAGAAAAUAUAUAUGAUACCGAGUAACAAAACAGGAGUGAUGUUUUGCAUGCAUGUAGGAACACCACCUCGAGGGGCCUUGUUGUUGUUCAUCUUCUUUGAAGGGUAUUCCAUAUUAUUACAUUUUGGGGUUUUAUAGCUUAUUGUUAUCGCAUUAACCAUUAUGUUGUUGGAUUUCAAUUUCUUUUUGAUGUUACUUACUACUACUACUUUGGCAAAUGUUAUGUACAUUUUCUUAAUAGAUUAUCAGUGGGUGUUUGAGUUUGA